AUGGCUGGCCGCAGAGUUGUAAUCACGGGCCUGGGCAUGGUCACGCCGCUGGGUGUGGGCGCAAAGACGAACUGGACGAAACUCAUUGCAGGACAGUCUGGUCUCUCCUCAGUGGACCAGCUGGAAAACGCUUCUCAGUACAAAGACAUUCCUGCCAAAGUGGUCGGAGCCAUUCCUCGCGGACCGGCCGCAGAAAACAAGUACAACCCACUGGACCAUUUUGAAGCCCACGAGGUGCGCAAACUGUCUACAUUCAUCCAAUACGGCCUGGUGGCUGCCAAAGAGGCACUCGACGAUGCCGGCUGGCUGCCAGUUUCCGAGACCCAGAAAGAGCGCACCGGUGUGUGUGUCGGCUCCGGAAUCGGGUCCAUGGACGACCUAUACGAAAAUGCGGUCAGUUUCCACGAAAAAGGGUACCGCCGGGUGCAGCCGCUAUUUGUUCCCAAGCUGCUCACAAAUAUGGCAGCAGGCCAUAUUUCGAUCCGCCACCAGCUUCUUGGGCCGAACCACGCGGUGGCCACGGCGUGCGCGACCGGGCUGAACGCCAUUGGCGACGCGGCUCGGUUUAUCAAGGACAACUACGCAGACGUGAUGGUAGCAGGGGCAGCCGAGGCAGUGAUCCACCCCGUUGCGGUUGGCGGUUUUGCCAGAGCGCGGUCGCUGUCGACAAAGUUCAACGACGAGCCGGAGAAGGCGUCGCGGCCGUUCGACGUCGAUCGCGACGGGUUUGUGCUCAGCGAGGGUGCCGGGGUGCUCAUUUUGGAGGAGCUCGAGCAUGCGCGCGCCAGAGAUGCCACGAUCUACGCCGAGGUGGCCGGCUACGGUCUCAGCGGGGACGCCAACCAUAUAACGUCGCCGAACUUGCACGGAGACGGCGCGCGGCGAGCAAUGGCGCAGGCCAUCGAGUUUGCUGGGAUUGAGGCUGCGCAGGUCGGCUACGUCAACGCGCACGCGACCUCGACCGUCUUGGGCGACGACGCGGAGAACAAUGCUCUGGUGGCUCUUUUUGAGCACUCCAGGCCGGAUCUGAGCGUCUCGUCGACCAAGGGAGCCAUAGGGCAUCUUUUGGGAGCAGCCGGGUCGGUGGAGGCUAUCUACACGGUUCUUGCGGUGAAAAACGGCGUACUGCCGCCGACUUUGAAUUGCAACCGUCCUGGAAACGCAGACGGAUCUGGAAAAUACAUUUUCGACUACAUAAGCAACAAAGCCCAGCAAAAGACUGUGGACUACGCUCUUACCAACAGUUUCGGGUUUGGAGGCACCAACGCCAGCGUGUGUAUCAAAAGAUGGGAUGACUAA